CCUUUUACAGAAAACAGCACCGAAAAUGCAGCAUCGAUGGCUGCAGAAGCACCUCGUACUUGGUUUCGGUCUUGGGAAAAGGAGCGAGUUGGACCCGCCACUCCCCCAUCUCGCAUCUCGCAUCUCGCACUCUCGCUCUCACUUUCACGCUCAACUCCGAUUUCAACCUCUAUGCCUGAGUUUGCAAAUCGCCGCGUGCUGCGACCGCAUCCGAAAUGUUAAGGGUGACCGUCCACCUCGCCUCUCGCACUCUUUGCCAAUCCGCACGCAAUCCGCAUCAUCGCCUACGGCCAGAUGGCCUUGCGACGUUGUCGUCCAUCAAUCGCUUCAACUCGACAUCCGUGAGUCGCCCGGGCUGUCGUUGUCCCACGAAGGAGGUACCCAGGAGGAGGCAACCGCAGGCUUCGUUCGAGUGGGCACAUGCCCCUCGCAGGCGCGCACAACAACUGGGUCAAAAGCGCCUCCACACGCAGUGUGCUGGCACGUUCUGUUCCGUAGUGCUUUCAUUGCCCCGAAUCCCCUCUAUGCCUACUCGCGGCUCGAUAGCUGUGUCAACAUGCUAACGCCCUGCGAGCGGAUACUUGCGAGCCAAGAAUCAUGAUGUCUGCAGGCACUAAACCGAGGCCCGUCAAGUCUUGCCCAGUCAACCUGAUUGUGGUCGCUUAGGUUAGGAGUCCGGCUGCUCAAGGUCGUUGCACGUUGUGCUACCGCUACGUCUUGUCGUAUCCCAUUGUGUCCCGGCCACUUUUCGAUCAAGGCAAGCGCGCCUAGUUCUGGCCAUUAUCUUCCGAGUCUCCAUGUAAUUAGGCCUCGCACCCGCACCGCGCCUUCCGACUUUCCUUCCCACGCAAUCGGUGACAAUCUCCCUCGAGCGAGACCCCAAGGCUAUGAAAUACGGCGAGCAGCUCGAGCAGGAAUCCGUUCCAGAAUGGAGUCUACACAACGUCGACUACAAUUCGCUCAAGCACGAGAUCAAAGUUCACACAAGCCGCGACCAGGCCACAGCAAUCGCCAUCCCCGGCCACCAAGAUGCCGCCCUUCAGCGGUUCGAAGACAACCUCUAUGACGAGCUCUGCCAGCAGCAUGACCGGGUCAACCUUUUCGUGUCCAGCAAGGCAGACGAGAUCUCGCGGCGACUCCAACAUAUAUCCGACCACGUCCAGAAGCUAAUUGUCACGUGCGCCGAGGAAGGCGACCGAGUCUCACUCAAGCAGCACCGUCGGUUUGCCAAGUACGAGAGGGGCCUGCUUCGUUGUGGAGAGGAAACUCUUGCGCUUGCCCACUUCAUCAAUGCUCAAAUCACGGCCUUCCGGAAGAUCACGAAGAAGUACAAGAAAUGGACAGGAUCUCCCACGCUCAGUGUGCGGUUCCGCGAAAACGUUCUUGCCAAACCCAAAAGCUUCACCCGACGAGGCCUGAACAACAUUCAGGCCCGUUACGAGGAACUGCUUAACACUUUACGCGCUUCCACCCCUCAGUUGAGCGGGCCUAGCUCGCCUUCUUCGGAUGAGCAGGUGUCUACGUGCCGAGGAUCUACAUCGGAAGAGUUUUUCUCGCCGGUUUCGCCUACGCAGUGGCAGCCCUGCCAGCCCGUCCGGCAGCAGCAGCAACACUACUGGAACGAGUACGACUAUGGAAGCGAAGCAGGUGAGCAGGAGGACGAGUACGCCAUCUACAUCAACCCCGCCGACAACAUGAGCUUCCCCGGUCUGGACUCGAUGCGAGCGAUCAUGGCGGCACCCUUCUGCCAUGCUAGGAGAUGGUUUUCGCGACGGCAGGACCCUGAGAGACAGCGGCUGCUGGGCAGUGACCCGUUCUUGGAGAGCUACGGCGGCAUUUCACCCCUUGGGACGGAUACCGCCGACGACGAAUAUGCCAGCUCUGAUGGCAUGCCCACGGUGGGAUAUGCCACGCACUACGCCAAUUUGCCGAGCCUCAACGAGCAACAGGUCAGAAGGUACCGCGAGCGCGCUCUGGUUUACGGCACCUUUGGUUGUUUUGGCGUGUCCUUUCUACUGCUCUUUGUGACCAUCAUUCUCAUCUCAACGGGCCGCCACAAGAUCCGGGCCGAGGUCGACGUUGGUAUCACGGUCGGCGUCGUCGCCAGUUUAUUCAGCGUAUGCCUUGCCCUGGGCAUGUCGCUCUGCCGGCACGACGACGUGGGCGUCUGGCCGCGCGUGUUUGUUUACAGCAGCUUCUUCGCGGCCUGCGUCCUCAACGGCAUGCUGCUGAUCGUGGUGGUGGGGAGCGCGGCGUAGCGCCCCUACUUUUGGUUUGUUCGGCUGCAUCGUGUUUGUCGCAUUGAUUGAUUGCAUCAGCUACCGGUGCGCCGAACCAGAAGAGUGGGAGGAAGGGCGUCGACGUUUUUGACAUUGUGGGACUUUGGAGCGAAGUGAGGAUAUUUCGACAACCUAGAGAAAAUUCCCUCGCCUUCCACCUCUGCUCCGUUCUGACCUCGACGAGAAAUGUCUCGGCUGUACCCGUUCCCGUUCACUGGACUAACUUACAGUGUGUCAACGACUAGCGGGGCAGUGAAUUCGAAGAUGAAAGGAUGGAAUCCGCACCGGGAGAGAGUGCUCUAUACGAGAUGGUGCAAGCGUUUGAAAGUUGAGACCCGUUCGAUACACACAUUGGGAUGGAGUCGGAUGGCAAACUAGACCCGGGGCUGUUUUCCCCUUCGAUGGGCGUGAUAUUCGCCCCGCACCGACGUAUGGGCGGGCUCCUGGGUUGUACCCUUGAACACAGCUCUUUACACCGUCCGAGUAAAAAGAAGAACACAAACAUUUGUCUGACGGCCCUUGGAAGUGAAGGCGAGCAUUUUCGGGCAAUGAGCGAACGGAUAUGUUCCCACAUUAGGCAGCAGUUCCAUAUUAGAAUCAUUCGGUACAGUUCUAGACGAGGGUGUGAGUGUGUUUUUGAGAGAGACCGGGGUUAGACCGGUCCUGGGACUGUGCUACGAUCUGCUGACGAUCUGGACCGUGGUGCACAACCGACUCUUGGCAACCGAUGGGUGUGCUUACCCACACCUGACAACUUGUUCUAAUUAGUGAGUGGACCGUUCUUGUUUGGUCUCUGCGGCAUCCUGGACAAACUUGGGAGCCU